CAUAAUACAGCCUGGUGCAUGUCAAAUUUGAUCCAAUGAAAUGAUUGAGAGCGCGGACACGUGUCUCAGGUUGAACCAAUGAAUGUGCACACCCUUACGUUUCAUCCAAUGAUAGAACAGAGAAGGCGGGACUUCAGUGUGUAGCGCGGCGGUCAAGGAAGCUUAGCUUGUGUGUUUAUGCGCAACAAAUUCUUAUGUUUUUAUUACAAAUAAUAUUAAUUCACUGAUGUGGAAUAAACAUUUGCAGCCUGGACAGCUUAAGCUCGAAUACUAACGUCUCUUCUUGAUCUCACGCUCUUGCUGAGAUGUCUGGUUGCCAAGGCAACAGCGGCAGCAUCACUGGGAUGCUGAGUGCGCUCUGUGACUGCAGCCUUUCGGGGUUGUCAUGGAAACGGCGCGCUCUGGGCGCAGCAUCACGGGAGUCUGCGCGUAGGUCCCUGCGCAGGCGUGCGUACGGGGCGCUUCUCGCCGGACUCUUCCAGGACAGCUCACCCAAACCGCCGCCGAGCGCCCUGGCGAACACACCCGCCCAUAAUAAAAUUCUGAUGAUCUCGUUCGACCUGCGCGUGUCUGGACACAAUGAGGAGGCGGAGAGGCUGGAGGAUCUCCUGGGUCAGCUACGGGACGGGGCAGACUCUUCGGGACUCUCCGAACUUGACUCGGUCUUGGAGCUCCUUGUGCAGCUGGCCGGGUCCGUGGCUCCGCUCCCUCAGUCUUUCAGUCACGACUAUAUGCGCCGGGAGCGUCCCGUGGAGCGCAGACCACCAUUGGGCGGGUAUCUGAGUCGGGACAUGCAGCGGCUGGAGGAGAGGGCGUGGUCUUUGAUCUGUGGUGAGGAAUGGGGUGUUUUUGGGGGCAUCUGUAGGACCCUGAGCAUCAUGGAUGCUCCACCGGGCACUGGGCUGCUCGGAUUGGGACGCAGACAGGAUAGCGAGGAGAGGUUUGAAAGAGAGACCCGCCUGUCGCUGUUUGGUGCCCUACAGCACUCCAGAACCGCAGAUAUGGACGUCCGACUGGACCUGCCGCCCGUUCCAAGCAACGCAGACCUCACUGGACUCAGUAUACGGGUUCCUGUGUGUCUGGAUCAGUCUGAUGAUGAAGGCUUCCAGUCCUCCUCUAAUCUGACUCCAGAUUCCCAAUCCGAGACGAGUCCCAGCCCUGAGAUCGACGUGUGGGAGGCCCUGCGGACAUUCGUUCCCGGAAGACGACGCUGUUGGGAGAACAUCGGCUGCCCGCCGGGUCAGAAGGAGCCUCCGUACCUGACGGAGGCUGGCAGAGAGGCGUUUGAUCAGCUGUACCGACUGUGGGAGGGAGAAAUGAGGAACAUUCUGUCCACACAGACACCAUCACCGCUCCUGCCGCUGCCGCUGGACUGUCAGAGUCAGCUGGUCAAAGACGUGCUCAACGUGCUGAUCGGGGUCUCCUCUGUCACCUUCCCACUCAACGAGGCUAGUGUGCAGUUUGAUGUUCGUCCGGAUAUAUGUGUGUCCGGGACGUCCCCUGAGAGUGUGUCUCGUCUGCUGGGUGAGCUGGCGCAGUACGGCACACACUACCUGCGUCUGAGCCGCUUCUCCCUGAGCAGCACGAGUCAGAAGGGUCUCGUCUUCCAGGCCUUCACAGGUGGGCUGCGCCGUUACCUGCACUACUACAGAGCGUGUGUGCUGAGCACGCCAGCAUCUCUCAGUCUCCUGACUAUCGCUUGUCAUUUCCGCAAGCUGGGCCGUCAGCUCAGGUAUCUGUCAGAGCUGUGUUGUGUGGAUGGAAUUGGAGGCGUGGGACGAGCAACGUUCCCUGUGGGUGUAAAGCUGCUGUCGUGUCUGUAUAAUGAAGCUCAGAGUAACUGCAGUAAUGAGAAUCAUCCGGUGCUGCUGUCGCUGCUGAAGAGCAGCUGUGAGCCCUACACACGGUUUGUUUCAGACUGGGUGUACAGUGGCGUCUUUCGUGACGUAUAUAAAGAGUUUAUGAUCGAGGUCAAUGAGGAUUAUUUGACCUACAGAGAUAAGAACUUCUGGACGCAGGGCUAUACUCUGAUUUCGUGUGAUGCAGAGGACUGUGUGCCGGUGUUCCAACACAUCGCCAAUGACGUCUACGUCUGCGGGAAAACUAUCAACCUGCUGAAAAUCUGCUGCCCACAGCACUACAUCUUCUGGUCGGAUGUGCCAGUGCCCAGGAUCGCUGUGACGUUCCUGCAGGAAGUAGAGGAGAUUGAGAGAGACUGUGCGGUGUAUCGCGGACGGAUGCAGACCAUCGCUAGGCACAGCGCCAUCAGCAGGGAGGAGAAGGCUAUGCGGACUGAACAGGCCCGACAGGAGCUCAUUAACCAGGUCAGAGUGACAGCGGCCAAGACCCUGGAGAGAAUCAGAGGUCAGAAAUCU